CUGCCACCCCCACAUCCAACGUCAAACCACAAACAACACUGCGCCCCACGCGCUGCACGCAGAAAGACGGUCUUUGCGAGCGCCUUCUCCACGCCUCGAGACCCAGCAAACACAAUAAAAAACACCAAAAAACCACCCCGACGACAACCUCGACGCUGCAGGUCGGGCAUAAACCCCUCCAACAAUGCCUUCACAUCCCUCAUGGACCAGCACCUACCGGGCGCGCGCUGGACUGCCGACAACGGGCCCUCUGGCCUCAUACCUCCUCAGCCUAGUCGCCGUCAAACAGACCAACCUUUGUCUAUCCGCGGAUGUCGAGACUUCCGCCGAGCUACUCCAGAUCGCGGAGGAGGUCGGCGACUACAUCUGCCUGCUCAAGACCCACUGCGACAUUGUCACGGACUGGACCGACCGCACCGCCCACGCACUGCGAGAAAUCGCCCAGCGAAAGCGCUUCCUGAUCUUCGAAGACCGCAAAUUUGCUGAUAUUGGUGAAACCGUACAGAAGCAGUACACAUCGGGCCACUACCGCAUCGCCCUAUGGGCCGAGAUCACCAACGCACACGUCCUCCCAGGCCCCGCCAUUGUGACCGCCCUCGAGAAGGCCGCAGAAGCUACCAUUGCAAAGUACAACACGAGCGUCAACACCGAGAUCUCAGCUUCGCCGCGCAUACAGCAGAUCAAUGGCGUCCAUGACGACGACGACGACGACGACGACGAAGAUGCGCCCGUCAGGCAGGAGUCCGCCAUUGAGUCGCCAAUCGAGAUGGAGGGCGAGGAGCGUCGGCUGAGCAUCAAGGCGCAGGACAGGAAACACAGUGUCGUCAGCGUCACUACCACACUCUCCAUGCGCACAGAGAGCAUAUCACCGCGACCGGAACCCGGCACCUUCAACGAAAACGUCUUCAAUCUCGACACCGCCGCAGAGCUGCUGCGCCUCGGCGAAGUACCCUUCCUCCGCUCGCUCCUCCUCCUCGCCGAGAUGAGCUCAGCAGGCCAUCUCAUGACACCAGAGUACCAGAAGGAAACGGUCGAAAUAGCGAGGAAGAACCGAGAAUUCGUCAUGGGCUUCAUUGCGCAAAGGAGCUUGAACACGGAGCCAGACGACAACUUCAUCACCAUGACCCCCGGAUGUCAACUGCCACCGCCAGGUCAGGAGGGCAAGAAGAUGGGCGACAGCCUUGGCCAGCAAUACAACACCCCGCACAAGCUCAUCUUUGACCAAGGAUGCGACAUCAUCAUCGUUGGCCGAGGCAUUGUGCGCGCUGCAGAUCGCAAAGCAGAGGCUGAGCGAUAUAAGCGCGCGGCGUGGACGGCGUACGAGAAGAGGAUUGGCAAGCAAUAGCUGGCCGAGACGUGUUAUGAUUUCACGAACGAUACAAAGAGGCAUGCAUAGAACGGCGUUACGAACUCAGCUGCAUUUUACCCAUCAUCCACAUUCUGUAUAUUCAUUAUCUGUAUUGGACAAAUCCAGCAAACUACGUUGAAAUAAUACGCAA